AUGACUCAAACGAUAUUAUGCAUGGAAAAGAUAGGAAGAUCUUGGAAUGUAAUGCAGGCUGUUAAUUAGCGGUUCGGCAGCAUAAGCUUUAAACGUGUACGGGAGUCGAUGACAGUUCUAAAUGAGGAAAUAUCGGAUAGAGAAGAAUCCUUCUUGACUUUGAAAAGGAUCCCGAAAGCUCAUGGAUGUGCAAUCAUCGGUGUAUCGUACAUACGUGAUCCUUAUUCGCAGGAAGACUAUUUAAUAACAUGCGCACAAGAUUCUCUCAAAAUAUGGCUCGUGGAUAAAAAUGACCCAGGAUUAUUAACGGAAAAACAGGAAAUCAAAGGAUGGAGAAGUGGAGCGCAGGAUUUCGAUGUAACAGCCGAUGGAGCACUAAUAGCAGUUGUUGGUAUCGAUUCUUUGAUGCAUAUGUUCCAUUUAUCAUUAUCUGACUUCACAUAUAGCGCCGAUAUUUUCAACAUGGGAUUCAUGGAACAGUGGUACGUGAGAAUAUCACCUUGCCGAACUCGUUACCUUACAGUAAGUUUUUCUGGAUUUCUGUCGCGGCUGUCUUUAAAAGGUACUGCUGAUGAUAACCUCAGCUUUCCAGGAGCACGACAGGUCUCUUCGUUAUCAUAUAGUCCAGACAACAAAAUGAUUGCCGUAGCUAACAAUGAAGGAAUUGUCACAAUACUCAGUGCGCCAAAACUUGAAAUUCGAUUUUUCUUUGAAGCACAUGCAAUAAAAGUGAGGGCAACAUGUUUUUCUCCGUCAUCAGACAGCUUGUUGACUGGCUCAGACGAUAAGAUCGUCAAACUUUAUAUAAUCCGCAUAGACAAGGCACAAUUGGUUAAAAGUUUUUGCGGUCAUCGAAGUUGCAUUACGGCGAUUAGAUAUAACUCUCGAGAUCCGCAAGUGUUUGCAAGUUCAUCGAAUGAUGGUUGUGUAAUUCUAUGGAGUACUACACAAGACUGUGCACUUCACGUUUUUCAAGGAGUUCAUGAAGGAGUGGUGAAAGGUCUUUCAUUUUCGGCAGACGGAAUGUAUAUAGCUAGCGUUGGUGAAGAUCGUGCAGUUUGUAUACACCGUUUAGGUAAUCACAAAUCUUUAAUAGAACUCGCCGAAAACAACUGGCCAACCACUCAGGAACUUCAAAGUGAUGAAAGCCAACAAAUAGAUUACAAUUCAACGAUUGCAAGCGGAAAUUCCAUGCUACCAACUUCAGAAAAUAGGAAAAAUGGUGAGGAAGAAGAUGAACUUCUAGUGCGAGCAAGGAGAGAUCUAGAAGGAAUAAGUGACGAAGCAUCACCUGAAUGA